AAAACCAAACUGGCGCUUCUUUAUUCACCAACUCCUCUUCUUACUUCUUCUACCAAAAGAAAAACUCAUCUUCUACUUCUAUCUUCUUUAAAUUUUCUUGCUCCCCAAAAUUUUAGUUAAUCCCUCCUUAAACCUCUGAAAUUCCCAAGGUUUCAGUUUAAGGCUCUGAGAAAUCCAAGAAACAGAGCAGCACAAGUUCAAGUCUCUAUUCUAUGUCUAAGCAAGAGUCUGAGCAGACCUCGGCCAGUGGUGUGGUUCGUACUGCAGCUCCUAUGUCAUAUGGUGUGAAUCCCUACCAACAUAACCAGAUGAUGGGAAUAACUGCCCCUGGAUUGGUUGGCUCAAUCCAACCUCCUAUCCAGCCUUCAGGGCUCUCUGCCCCUUCAUCUCAGCUUGCACAACCACAACUUGCUUAUCAACAAAUCCACCAACAACAGCAACAACAAUUGCAACAGCAGCUCCGGCAGUUUUGGGAAAAUCAGUGUCAAGAAAUUGAACAUGUUACUGAUUUCAAGAAUCAUAGUCUACCACUGGCUAGGAUUAAGAAGAUCAUGAAGGCAGAUGAGGAUGUGAAAAUGAUAUCAGCUGAAGCUCCGAUAGUUUUCGCGAGGGCCUGUGAAAUGUUCAUUCUAGAGCUGACAUUGCGCUCAUGGAGUCACACUGAAGAGAAUAAGAGGCGUACACUCCAGAAAAAUGACAUUGCAGCUGCAAUCUCAAGGGAAGAAUUAUAUGAUUUCUUGGUUGAUAUUGUCCCAAGAGAGGAUUUAAAAGAUGAGGUACUUGCUUCAGUCCCAGGGGUUAGCGCAACAGCUGAUGGUCUUCCUUACUAUUACAUGCCACCUCAGAUUGAUCCUCAGGUUGCCGCUCCAGGUAUGAGUGUUACGGACCAAGCUCUUUAUGGUCAACAGCCUCGUCCUUAUGUUGCUCGGCAAAUGUGGCCACAACAGCAACCACCCGAGAAUUACAGAUCAUAGCUAGCGAUUAGAAGAAAAGGGCAUUGGAUUGCAUUGCAUUGCAAAUCAAUUACUUGUGUAGGAUAAGAGUUGAAACCCUUCUUUCUUUUUUUUUCUUUUUUUUUUUUUGGUUUUUUCAAACUGAUCAUUCCCCAUUGCUUGACGAACUUGGAGAAUUGCACUAUAAAAUAUUGGAUACAAA